AUGUUGGUUGGUUCCAUAUGUGCCCUAAUGGGCGUGCUGACUAUUGCGUUACCGGUUCCUGUCAUAGUUUCAAAUUUCGCCAUGUUCUAUUCUCACGCGCAGGCGAGAUCCAAAUUACCAAAGAAGAGAAGGCGGGUACUGCAACCUCAUGAAAUCAAGCCGAUAGUUGGGCGAUCAACAACGGCGGUGCUUUUGAAUUCUUUAGGCCCGAAACCACAUGUUCCAUCUAACAUGGGCGACGGAAUAGGAGCUUUUGCGGCUACACCUCUUCUUGUUUGUCCGAAUCCAGGUCAUAUCCAUUAUGCCAGUAACCGUUUUCAAUUUUUCGCUACUGUAGCCAUCUGUUCAUAA